AUGAGUAAUAUAAUGACAGCCUCUAAUCAAAUUAAUAGUUUCAAUUCUUUGCCUAAUAGUAAUACUGAUAUCACAUCACAAAUAAAUACUGGAGGUACCAGUAGAAGUAAUGGUAGAAUUAAUAGUUCACCAAAUAACAUUAAUUGUAUGGAGAAAUCAAAUUCAUCAAGUAGAACAUCAUCAAAUCCAUCACCAAUAUCAUCAUCUAUUUCUAACAACAUAAAUCAUUGUUAUCCAAAUAUUCAACAACCUCAUACAUUACAACAACAACAACAACAAACUUCUGGAGGUUCUAAUAGUUAUCAUCAAAUAUCUAUGGCUACUUAUAAUUCAUCAAAUAAUUAUUCACAUAUGUCACCACCACAUCCAAUAGGAUUGAUUCAAUAUCCUGGAAUACAAAAUAAUUCUCAUAUUCCUGUACAAACAAAUUAUAGACCAUUACAAUCAAAUUCUUCAAAUACGGGUAAUAAUAAUAGUAACAAUAAUUCUGGUAACUCAUCAUCAUCUACCACAACGACAACAACCACCACUUCAACUCCAACAGCAAUGAAUCGUUCACAACGUUGUGGAAUAUGUCGUGGAUGUCAAUGUAAACCAUGUGGUCAUUGUACCUAUUGUCAAGAUUCACCACAAUUUGGUGGUCCAGGUGUUAAAAAACAAUCAUGUAUUGAAAGAAGAUGCCUCCGUGUUCUUGAGAAUCGUCUUCAAAGAGACUCACCAACAUUUAAAGCACGCCUUGGUUGUAAUAAUUGUGAUGAUUGUAGAUUAGCUGAUUGUCAAGUUUGUUUGGUAUGUUUAGAUAAAAGAUUCUUUGAUAAUAAAUAUAUGACUGGAGCAUUAUGUGCAAAAAAAAGAUGUAACAAUGCUACAAGUAUUGAGUUACCAUGUCAAAUAGGAAAUAAUACUCAAGAAAGAAAUUUAAAAAGAUCAUUAGAUCAUAAUACUAAUGGUUAUGAAGGUAAUGGUAAAAGAAGAAGUAAUGGUAAUAUUAAUAAUAAUUAUACUACCAAUCAACAGAUACCACCAAAUUUUCAACAACCGCUUCCACAAAAUGGAAUGAAUUUAAUGAUGAAUGUAAAUGGAAUACAACAAUUACCACCAACAACAAUACCAUCAUCUACACAAAAUACCGUAGUACCAUCAACAAUUCCUGCCGAUCCAACUACAACAUCAACACCACAUCAACAAUCAAAACAUAAUAAUUCACCACCAACAUCUUAUCCAAUGAAUAUUCAUGAUGAAAAUUUAGGAAAAAAAGGAAAUCAUAUACCAUUAACUCAACAAUAUCCCUAUCAACAGAUUCCUCAACCAUCAUACCAUGACACAACCUAUCAAUCACAAAUACCACAAAUUCCUUAUUCUAUACUUCAUCCAUCAAAAUAUCAUACUUAUCAAGGGGCAAGUAAUAAUAUUUACCAUCAUCAUAAUAAUAAUACUUCAAUACAUUAUCCAACUACAACUUAUCCAGGAACAACAGGUACUGGACAUUCUUAUCCAUUAGUAUCAAAUAAUUGUACCACAACAGCACCUAUGAAUGGAUCUCCACUAAAUGGGUCGUUAUCAUCAUCCUCAUCAAUAUCAUCAUAUAGUAAUGCAAAUUUUUAUGAUUAUGAUACAUCAGUAUAUCAAGGAACUUUUCAUCCAUCAACUUCUGCUGAUCCAUAUCUUCCACCAAGUUAUACACCUGAACUUAAAAAUAAUGUUGUCAUUCAACAACUAUAG